AUGCAGGUGGUGGAUCUUACAUCCGACACCAACCGUGGAGCCGCUUCCUCGCAAGACCAGGGACCUAUGAAUGGGCUGCAACAGCUGCUCAAUGUGGCACGUCGUGCGGAGCAAAGGGUGGUGAAGCUUAUGCAACAGCGAGACAAAGCCAAAGCCCAAUGGGAUGCCUGGGAUCAAGAGAUGAAACAGGCAUUUCUGCGCGAGAAGCGCAAGUUCGCUCAGAACUCCGAGCGAUUGGAGAGGGAUAUUGCGGAGGCGCUGAACCAGCAGGAGCAAGCACGCCUCAUGGUGUUUGGGCCGGGUCUUCCAGCUGCUCAGGAGAUGUUCCCCACGGCAGACGAGGAUCGCUCGUGGGAGAUCGCACGCGAGGCUUGGGAGAAGGAGGCGGCCAACGACAUGGAUGGGGUCUUGGAGCGUGCAGUUGCCCAGGCAAGGGCAGCUGGCCUGACUCCUUUUACCCCUAUGCGUGCAAGGCCGGUUCAGCCCAUGACUCCGAGCUCGGCCAUGACUGCCAAAUCCGCUGUUGCUGGCUCGGCUUUUACGAGUUCCGGAGUGGAGGAUCCAUACCUUGCUACCGUGACAGAGAACGGCCCCGCUCCGAGCUGGACCCCUCCGGCCACGGGACCCGCUUCUAUGAGUGCGAGACCUCCUGGCCUAGACACCGGGAGCCGACAAUCUCCGAAACACCCAGGACAGCGCGAUUUGGGGCUCCCGCGUCAGAUGACUGCCGAGGCCCCCCCGAGGGAAGACAUCAAGUCUGCGACGAUGCACCCGCCUGCCAAGGCCGCUCGCAACAUCUCGCUCGAGGAGAAGUUGGAGGCCAGACGCGCUGCCGAGCUGCAGAGCAUGGCUCUUCGGCCCUUUGGGGUUGGCGGCUUGAUCAAUAUGGCUGCAGGGCCAAAACCCACAGGUCCUGUGGACGACGAUUCCGACGAGGACAAACACAUGGCCGCCGAUGGUACUCUUGCAAGCCUGGACGAGUCGCCUGUCUACCUGACUGUGCUUCUGAGGAGUCCCUCCUCGGACUUUGUCCUCGGCUGCCUUUGCGGUUCCUUUGGCUUUGGAGCUGUCUUGGGUGUCGCCCGGGUCGCGGGCCCAGGUGCGUCUUCGCUGGCCCUUUCCAGGGCCUUGUCCUCGGCUGUCUUGGAGGCUCAUUGGGUUUUUGAGCUCUUCGUGACAUGCCCCCGCCACUUCGACUGCCUGCAUCUUGGAUCUGCCGGCAUCGGUCUGUUGAGCAAUAGGAUCGUAAAGGUCGGAUUGCUUCUAGGAAUCCUCGAGUUCUUUCAGGCCAUGACCCGGCCGGGGGAAGGCCAUGCAGCCGGCAGGGUCCUGCAUGCGGCACGCCCAGAGGACUUCAUAUCUUUUACAGGCGGCGAUGCACCAGGCUCCCCACGCCAGGAUCCCGAACGUCAGGAUCGGAUCAGCCGGUCCAUCUGUGUCCAUGGGCCGGAAUGGCCGACCGGCGGCCCUGCAGCCCAAGCCGACUUUGACUGGCUUGGGGUCUACCUUUACACUCCUUACUACUCGCCUGUGUUGUUUGCAGUGAGAGCAGCGCAUGGUGCGAGUCUUCGUAGUGUUCUGGAUACGAUCCUUGACUGUGCCCCUGGUGCACCUGCAGGCCUCAUGGAGUGCAUUGUCCCUUUACGCCCCCAGCGCUUUGGGGAUUACCUUUCCGUUAUAAGGUUCCCCAGUGUCUUAGGCCAAACAGGCGAAGGCUACUCAGCCGUUGUGCUGGACCUGACCCGCGUGGGCGGCCAUUACUUCGCGUCAGUUUUGCCGCGCUAUAUGUCGUAUGCCAGUCUGCAGGAUUUCAUAGUCCCUCUCACCUCUGAUGGCGACACCCCACUCCGUUUCUAUGUGGGGUGCCGUACGUACCCGUGGCCUGAAGCUGCCUUGGUGAACUUUAGUGAUGGGGACGUGAUUACUGUCCUUCGCUGCGACGCUACCUUUGCGAGACGACAGCCGGAAGCCUUGGAGGACCAUGCACUCUGGGGCCCGAUGCACCACUUUUUCCCUGUGGAAAGGCAUGAAAGCGUUUGCGUCAUAUACCGUCGGCAACGAUUUUGCGUCGGUGCGCAUCAUCACCUCGGCCGCACGGUACUGGAGCAUGCAAUCAGUAGUUUGCGGUUGGACGUGAACUCAAUACUUGCUUGCACUUUCUCGCUUCCGGACCUAGAUGUCCAAGGGUGGUUAUGUCCUCAGAUGGUGGUCAUCUUGGAUCGCCCUCCACUAGUUGAAGGCGAAGCUACCCGAGCUAGGCAGGAUUUCUUUGCUUUAUGCGAUUUCCGCCCCCUUGGCCUCAAACCGGAGUUCAUUCACUCCCAUGUUCCGAAGCUCCAUGUGCCAAGCAUUCUUUCGGAUUUUCAGAUCGAAUUGCCAGCCGCUAUGCAGGUGGGAGUUGUUGGUGGCCGUUAUUCUGGUGAAUACGUGAAGGUCCAGGGAUGCCCCAUCCUCCUUUUCCAUGUUGAGGCAAAACCUUCUGAUGGAUCCUCUAGUGAUCCAGACACAGUGCCCCGUUCGCCUUCUCCUCCGGCUUCUGGGGCUGGUGGUGCUGAGAUCCCGGAGUGGACUAGGCUGAGCCCGCCCGACGAGGAGUUGGCCGCUAUGGACACGUCUAUUCCGGCAGGCCAUAGUUGGAAUGCAGUGGAGGUCUCAGGUAUGCCUAGGCUCCCCGAGCCCGUGGAAAUGUCGGGAUCACCAGCUUCUCUGGGGCCAGCGUUAGACGCGAACUGGCCUCUUACACCAGACUGGGCGCAUGCUGCCCCAACGGUCCCGACAGAGGAUCGUGGCGAGUAUAAUGUGCCGGAGCUAUGGCCCACAUUAGACCGGAUGGCCUCUGACGCGAUGGACAGUGAUGAGCUUUCUCGUAUAGGCAGUGUCGGUGCUGCCUUUACUGCUGGCUGGGAACGGCCUCCGGCUGCUGAUUCAUCUGCGACUGCUGCUUUGCUUCUUCGCAGCCCAAGCACCCCUGGUCCCACAGAUGCCAUGACGGAUGAGCAGUUCCCGACCACUGUCCUUAUCUAUAUGCCAGAGUUUGCCCCCGAGCUCUUGCAUGUUCAGGUCCGUCUCCCUAUGGGUGUGACCCCUUUUAUAGCUCAGCUACAGGAGAUGCGGUCAUCCGACUUGGUAGUCAGCUUUCCCGAUCUCUUCCCGGCUACGCCUCAACCGGUGCCCGACAUUGCUGUUCUUGUGGCAGCACCCAACUGGUUGGCUGAGAAGGUGAUCAUCUUAUUUGAUUGCCGCAGGGUCAACGACACAAUGUUCGCGGCUGCAGUGCACUGCCACCUGAAUAGGGAAUCUCUCCUUCUCGCUGCUGGAUUUGCCGCUGAUUUGAGCCACCAAGUCUUUGUCCAUGGCCUUGUGCACCCUCUCCAGCUCGACCAGCGCAUUACCCUAUCCUCCGGAUUCACGGUUAGUGUGGUUCCUGCGAGUACGGGUGCCCCAGGUGGGACAGACUUGGGGACCCGUCUCCUGAACAGAGAUAUGUGGCAUGAGGCGACUGACCUGCCCGGCCCGCAUUACUACCCUGGCAGCCACUUUUGGCUUCUGACGGAUGCUUCGCCGUGUCUCUUUGAGGUCAUUCCAGGUCGAAGAUCCACAUUCAAGGCAGAUGUGUGUGCCUGCCUCAGCGCUGUGGAGCACUCUCUCACAUUCAAGAGCUCCCACCCUGCCAUUGGUGAUGUUUUUCCUCGCGGCUUCUUGGCCACAGGUGUGAUCGUUGUCACCGAACGCCUCUCCUGUGUCCCCUACCCGCCAGCGCGACAACCAGAAAAUCGCAUUGUCGUUAUCCUGGACUGUAGACGAGUUCUCCAAGGGUUUACCUGGUUCCUUAGUGGGGGUCACGAAGUAGAGGUUGGCUCCAUUGUUGACCGUUUUGUCGAUCGAUGCCCUGCUGAGCACAUUGUUUCGGUACGAGGAGCCGAGGUACGCAGCCGCCCAGAUGGGCCUGUCUUUCUCCUGAGGCAUGGCCAAGUCCUCAUCGUUGAAUUCGUGGAGGAUUUUCUUGGGGAUUCGCCCUCGGACUCACCGGCCCCCCCGGGUGAGGGCCCAGCCGGGGAGGCACCGCAUGAACCGCCGGCGGGCCGUGAUCCGAGAGGAUCUCCUUCCUCCCGUGAGGGGACACGAAACCGCAGCCGGACGCCUCGAGCGGGGUCUCGGUCCACAACUCACACAGAUGAUACCAGUGUGUCUGCCACCACUACGCAGCGUUCCAUUGUGACGUGGCCCCUGGUCGGGCCUCCUGCCGAUUUGUCCACUGGGGCCUCUUAUGCGGGUCUUGCGUGCCGAUUGCUCCAAGAGCCAUCCCGAUGCGAUGGAGUUGACAUGUGGACUGCCGUGACUUUUCUCGAUGCCCUUGCUCAGGGCGCGCGGUUCUUCACCUCUGCCCUCCCGCAAGAGCGUGGCUUUGGCGUGGAUCCAUGGGGCCAAUUUAGCAGAGCGGUUCCUAGGGAGGUUCCUUCCUUCUCAGCGCUCGAGCAUAUUCGGACCAGACUUCUCGAACUUCCAAGUGGGAACUCCCGAGUGGCUGGCAGGCUUCUCAACUUUGCCCGGGAUGCAACUCGGCAGCUUGGUCUCCCUUGGCCGCUUGACCCGGAGGCACAUCAGCCACUCCCGUUUGUGGCCUCGGAUGAUGGUGAGGCAUCUGACACGGAUAGUGCGCCCGUCCUUCUGGACACGGUCUUCGUAUUGCUUGCCCCGGAGUACCAUGCCGAACACAUACAUCUUCAGAUUGCUGUUCCGCAGACCGUGCCCGAGGCCCUCGAGUUGGCUAACCUCUGUCGGGGCCACUUUCUUAAGGACCGCUUCCCCACACUUCUGCCCGUUGUGCCCCAGCCGGAUGCAUGUUGGGCGGUUUUGCUUAUGCUACCUGAGUGGCAGGGGUAUCUUCCUAUGGUCUGCUUUAACUUGGUGGACCUCGAUGGCCGUCUCUUUGCGGUCUCCACACCAGCUGUUACCGACCGUUUUGCCUUGCUUCUCCUUGCUGGGCUAUCUGGGGCUGCCGAUGUGGACGUAUACGUGCCGGAACACCCCUCUCCCGUUGACCCGGGUGCGGAAUUGCAAUUGGUUUCGGGGAUGUGCAUUACGUUUACCCGGCGUGGGGCAAUGCCCGGUCCGAGUGCAGAUCUCCACACUAUGCUUCAGUCCCAUCUUGCCUGGGCGCCCGGCCCAGCCUUUCCUCAACCUAUCUGGGACCCCGGAUACUGUGUCGUGGGCGAUGCAAAGUACGUCCUUUUCACCCUCCGAGCUGGUCGCGGGCCGUUCUAUCGCUCUGACAUUGCGGCGUUGUUUGGAAUUUCUCUCUAUCGCCUUUUCCUAAGCCCAGCCACCCCCCGGCCGUCUGAUGUAGCAGUGCAUGGGCGACCUUGCUCUACUGUCCUUGGCGUUGGGGACGAUGCUCGCGGAAAUGUAGGCGGUGCCGUGUGGGGCGAGACCGCCUGCCUGGUGGAUGGACGAGCUAUCUUUCAUGGCUGGACUCGCUUCUUAGCUCCGAACGGAUGGCUCUGUCUUCGAACCGUUCGCGAAGCCUUUUCUGUGAGUGGCUUUGAGGGAUGGCACAUUUCGCUUGUCGACUAUCCGGAUCGUUGGGAGUGGACCUGGAUAGAGCCCGGCCAAGUUAUUGCUGUCAUUCGAGUGCGCGACGUGCCCGCCUUGACCAGCCUCGUCAAUGCUGAGGUUGCAGAUAGCCCGGUCGCGGACGAUGCCUCUGAUGCUGCACUCGGGCCCUUUCCGGUCAGUGAUGCGGCCCUUGCCUCCAACCUUCCCGUGCGUCAUGGUCGCAGGCCGGUGCCAACUCCUUGCCGUGGCCCUCUGCGGUCACCUGUUAUUGCGCCUUCAGUUGCCGAGCUUCAAUGGGAAUCAUUCGGGAUAGGGCCCACUCUCCUGCAAGAAAGUGCUGCUUUGCCCGACUGCCCGGCAUUCUUUGAUGCUUGUACGCUACUCGAAGUACUUUUUGAUCACUUCGCGGUGGCGCCUGCGCCUCCUGUGACCGACGAUGGUCCUGCGACAUUCCGCAUGGAUGGCCCAGAUGACCUUCCUGUGCAAAUCUCCUUGGCAGCAUCACUUGACUUCGGCCUUGAAGCCGACUGUGACAGGACCAGUGGCACCUCUUGGUUCACACUAGACCGGGGGCAAUGUGAACUCCCCAUUUCCCAGCAAAUGUGGUGCGACCUGUGUCGGUUUGUUCCCGUUAGCCGCCUCCCAUGUCUCCCUGCCACGUUGCCGCAAGCUGAACGCUUUGCAAGUUGGAUAAUGUCGGGAACUGCUGGCUGCCUUCCGUCGGACGCCCACAUGCUGUGCCUUACUUCCGACGGGUCCUUUGGCCCUGCCCCUGAUGCAGCAGGAUGGAGUGUGGUCGUGUCGGCUCUCACCCCGAGCAGCCUGUCUCCGCCAGGGGUUUUUGUCGGCCACAUCCGGGGCCGAACCGCGGACAUCUGGGAAUAUGGCGGUGCCUCAGCGGGAAUGGUAAAUGCCUUUGCGUCUGAGCUGGUUGGACUUGUGUGGGCCGCCGUUCUCUGCUUCCAGCUACGCACCCAGCUGCCUGUCACUUUCUUUUGUGAUAGUCAAUCUGCCUUAGAUGUCGCCGCGGGAGCAGCGUCCGGUAGGGACCACGCUGUCAUCACAGCAUGCCAAGGACUUCAUUUGGGCUUGAGAUUUUGGCUUUCCGUAGUGCCGAAGUACUCCCAUGUCCGGGGUCAUUCAGGGGAUCCAGCUAAUGAGCUUGCCGACGCGCUCGCUGGCAGUGGUGCCCAUGAGGAUGCUACGGGAGCCUCCGGGCUUGCCUGGGCGUCUUGGUUUGGUGCACAUGGUGCUGCCUUUGCCUGGGUGCCUCACUGGUGUUGGUGUUGCCGCAAUCCUGCGUGUGCGCCUCGCCUGCAAUCUGGUGUGGUGUCUUGGGAUAUGCAUGAACCACGGGCACUUCUCGACCCUGCGGACCAUGUCGCCCCUUUCUCGCGCUCUAUGCCAGAUAAAAGAAGUGCUGGGGAAGACACUUCGCGCCUCGAUAACUGGGUCCUAGCCUCCUUUAAUGUUCUUUCCCUUGCGGACCCCGCUGCGACCGAUCGCGGCAAACGCCUGGGCCUGCAUGAUUGUGUAGGUCGAGUGGCUCUGUUGGACAAAUCUUUGCACUCUGAGAAUGUCUUUAUUGCGGGCUUGCAGGAAACUAGGACCCCAGAAGGCUGCUUUAAGAGCGCGCACUACACUCGGUAUUGUUCAGGGUGCUUGGAAAAACGUGCAUUUGGCACCGAACUGUGGGUGGGGACAGGACCGGGCUUCCCGCCUCACCAGGCAGUUGUGCUCCAUCAUGACUUUACCCGCCUUGUCACGCGGAUCACGGUUUCUCAGCAGCAACUCUGUGUCUUUGUGGGUCAUGCUCCUCAUAAAGGACACAAGGCUGCAGACCGAUUGGCGUGGUGGCAUGAAUCCUCGCGGAUAUGCGCCCAAGCUGGGCUCUCAUCUCGCUGGGUCUUUUGCGUUGAUGGCAAUUGCGACCUGGGAUCAAUCACUAGCGAUGCAGUUGGCGACCUGCAGGCUGAAACCGAGGACGCAGCAGGGGAGGCUUUCCAUGCCCUCCUCUUAAAGUGCGACGCAUGGCUCCCGGCCACCUUUGCUGACGCUUUUUCCGGGCCCGGCGGCACAUUGGUCCAGCGGCGCUCUGGUUUGCUAAAGCGUAGUGACUACCUCGGCCUACCUAGAGAAUGGCGUGACGCCGGUGUCUGGGGCAAGGUUGUGCCCAGCAUCACUGCCGGACACUCAGUGCCCGAUCAUUUUGCGAUCGUUGCCGGACUUACCGUUGCUGUAUGCCGUCCCUUGGCGGCCGAUCGUGCUCCUCGUGUCGAUGCCUUGGCGUUACUCAAGCCUGAGAAUGCAGAGAUUGUUUCUGAAAUACUCCACAGCCUUCCCUCUGUGUCUUGGGACGUCAAUGUCAAUGACCAUGCAGCAGUGCUGGUUGAUGCCCUGUACCGCCGUCUGAGUACAAAGUUCCCUCUGAAGGCCAGACGUCUCAGUCGUGGCUACUUGUCUGCCCCUUGGGUCUUAGUUCGAUUUUUCAGGGUCGAUGGUUGCACACAUUACGGUGUUCGAUUGCAUCCGCGUCUGCUCGUCUUAGUGACCUUGGCAAACAGGUCGGCGAAUCCCCCGCAGCACAUGUCCAUGCCGCUGUCAAGAAGCUUCUCCGCCCCAAGAAGUUUAACCGCUCUGGUCCCCAACCCCUUCCACGGCUUCGUACACCUGAAGGUCGUUGGUGUGCCAGGCAUGAGGAAGUUGCUGCAGAAUGGCGUCGCCACUUUGCCAGUCUGGAGGGAGGGCAGUCGGUUUCUCCCGAACAGCUUGCGACAGGAUGCCUUCAGCGCCAGCACGAAUGCGUCAUUUGGGGAGCUCGUUCGGGCUUUGCAGGCAGUGCAUCCCCACAAGGCAUGUGGCCCUGAUUUGGUGCCACCAGCGGUAUGCAGGCGUUUUGCUACUCCGGUUGCAGCUCUGUUAUGGCCCCUACUUCUUAAAAGUGCACUGAUGGCCAGUGAACCCGUGGGGUUUAAGGGCGGGGUCUUGUACCACAUUGCCAAGCCGUCUGCUCCGGACCGGACUGUGGCUUCCUCGCAGCGUGGCAUACUGGUCCAGCCGGUAUUUGGCAAGGCACUACAACGGGCCUUCCGCAAGCUGCCGGCUGCAUGCUUCGAGGCUCGUGCGGGCCCCUUGCAAAUAGGUGGCCGCAAAGGUAUGACCUAUUCCUUCGGCCAUUUUAUCUCCAGAAACUUUCUGGGGUUCGCCAAGGCUAGUUCUCUUUCGGUGGCCUUGAUCUUUUCCGAUCUAGCAGCGGCCUACUAUGCUGUAGUGCGAGAAGCAGUUGUAGGAGCAGGCCUAUGCUCUGAGCCACUUUCGGCAGUCGCAGAGUCUCUGCGGCUGGCACCAGAGGAUCUGCAGAUGCUCCAGCAUCACAUCCUGCAUGAGCCCAUUUUGGCAGGGGACUGUGGAGACAUGUUGCUCUCAGUCGCUCGUGAGGCACAUGCAGAUACCUGGUUCCAUGUUGCGGCUGAUAAUGUUCUGGUGCGCACAAGGCGCGGAACCCGUCCUGGGAGUUGUUUGGCAGAUGUUACGUUCAACCUUUUGUUUGAACGUGUCCUGGCCAGACGUGGGGACUUCGACCCUGAAUCGGUACCCACAAUCCCGUGGACCGGGAAACGUGAGCUUCAGACCUUCAGCUCUUCCGCUUGCCCUUGCCCCGAACUUGCUGUCGUUCAGGAUAUAGCAUAUGCAGAUGACCACGCUUCCUGCGUGGUUUCACCGGAUGCUCGGCAGCUAGGACAGACGGUCCGGCACGUGCUGGGCAGGUCCUUGGAUUCCAUUUCGGGCCACGGAUUGACCGCCAACUUUGGCCCGAAGAAGACCGCUGCGCUCCUGGCUCCUCGGGGUAGACAUGCACGGGCCGCGCGGGACGACCUCUUCCAUCGAGGCAAAGCUAAGCUUAACGUACUGCGGGAGCACGGAUGUCCUGUUACCGUUGAUGUGGUCCCGUCUUAUCGACAUCUUGGGUCGAUCCUCACAUACAGCUGUUCGAUGCUCCCAGAGGUCAAAAGCCGUGUUGCCCUUGCCAAGGCCGCGUUUGGUGAAGGACGCAGGAAGAUCUUUGCUUGCCCCUCCAUACCACUGGUGCGCCGUGUUUGCCUGUGUCAUCAGCAUGUUGUUUCGGUGCUGCUGGCGGGCGCCGGGGCUUGGCCGGUGUUAUGCCAGGGUUCUUGGUCGCUCCUGGAGAAGUUUGUUACCUCCAUGUGUCGUCAGAUGCUGCGCAUCUCGGUCGAGGCCGAUCAGAGAUGGACUCGCCAAGCCAUCUUUGUUGCUUGCGGUUUCCCCAGCCCGUCCGAUCUCCUUGCUGCUGAGAGGUUGCGCUUCUUGGGCCAAUUGGCAGCUAAGGGACCUCCUGCGGCUUGGGCCCUGCUCCAGCACAAUCCUCUUGCCCUGGAGGCUUUCCGCAGCGCGGGCCAAUGGCUCAUGCAGGCGAUUGAAUCCACUGCCCCUUUUGAUAAGUUCGUGGAGUGCUGGGACGGCUGGUUGGGGUUAAUGGUUGAUAGGCCGAGGCUCUGGAAAGGGUUGAUUCGGCGCGCACUGGCCUGGCAUCAGGGACGCCGCCAAGCGUGGGUGUCCUUUGACAGUUUUGUUCGCCGCACCUGGGCACCCGUCCCAACUGUCUUGGACGAUUCCUCUGAUCAACUGCACGCUUGUCUGAUCUGUAAACGGGCAUAUGACAGGUUCCAGAGCUGGGCUUCUCAUGCGCUGCUGCAACACGGUUAUCGAGCACCUCACUUCCGUGCGGCUGAGGGCAACCGCUGUCGAGCGUGCGGCUCAGUGUUCGCCAAUGUCAAACGCCACCGCACUCAUCUGCAGGUUUCAAGGCGUUGCUUACAGUCGGUCCUACGCAAUGACGUUUCGCUUCUGCCUGUUGUCUCGCUGCCCAAUGGACAUGUGCAAAGUCGCGCGGUCGCUGGCCGCGGCACAGCCCAUUUGCCCGAGGUUGAGCCUGACGUUGUGCCCUCCCUGCUUUGUCGGCUCCGUGCACUGGUGGCACCGUCAGACGAGGACAUCUUUGAGGUGGUUGUGGCCGAAGUUGCCCCCUUGCCGGUGCUGCGGGCUACACUCAAGGCUUGGAUUGCCACUCUUCCGGAUGACAACACUCGGGCUGCUGCGGGAGACGUGCUUCUCUGCAUGCGUGCUGACCUGCUUUGUGAAGACGCCGCCCCGGCUAGGGGUUGUUCGGGUGGCACGCAGGGUUUUCGACCUUCGGUCCUUCCCCUUCCGUGGCUACCGCGCCCUGCCGGUCUCCCUGGUCUGGUCCUCCAUGUGGAUUCUGACUUUGCCUCGUCUCUUCUGGACCUUGCCCCAGGGGGUGGAUGGCGGUCGCCUCCUUUCGCCUGCCCGCCUCCCGUGUUUGUGGAUUUCGCAGGUGCUCUCGUCCGCUUGCCACAGCCUCCAGUUGAUGCUCCGGAUCUGUGGGAUCUGCCUUCCUGCCCCUUACGGCUGCUCCGCCGCCACCUGUCUUGGCUCGUGCACUGCCUCGGCUGGUUGUCUGUGGUGUUUGCGCUGGCUGGCAAAGGUCGUCGUUGCCAUCUCAUUUUUGGCUCAGCUGCGCCGAAUCGCGGCUCUCUGUACAGCUGGCUGAGCACCAUGCGCGUUCGACUGGACACAAGGUGUGGUGUUUCGGAUGUUUCUCCCAUCGAGUUUCCCGUCAUUCGGAACUUUUGCGAGGGGAACGCCGGAAGGCAUUUUGUGACGGAGACCAACGACGCCGGUCACAAAACAGGGCAUUUUGUGACGGAGACCAACGACGGCAAGGGCACUUGGACGCUGAUCACAAACAAUUCAGAUGCUGGCAUUUGCUGUGCUUGCAGAGGACCGCCGCCCAAAGGCAACGACAUCUACACAGUUUACACCCAUAUCGAAAGCAGUGGGGCACGAGACAUCACGAGUCGAACCGACGGUUUGCCCCCAGAUGCUGGGUUCACUCAUGUCCAUGAUGCUCGCUGUAAAAGGAACGUCCCCCAGCGCGAAGAGUGUACCGAGUUUCUUGCAAACACGGCAAUUGACAGCAGGGGCAUCCAGAAGCGGCACUCUGAAGGGGAAGGUAAGUCGUCGGCGCCGUGUGGGAUGUUGCCGCUGCACGAAGAGGGUGGGACGCAGCCAGUUAAGCUGUUUGUGCUGCUUGCGUUCUUGGCGAUUUGCUGGGUUCCAGGGCCGGCACGCCAUAGGAUCUUGAAAUUCAUUGGUUGGACCAUCAUCCGCAUCAUUUGCCGACGGCGCUUGAGAAGGGCUGCAUUGGAGCGCAACCAAUGGAUCACCUUCAAGCCGCGCCCGGACCGCUUGGAUGACAUCGCGCAGCGGGAGGCAGAGUACCGGGAACACAUCGUGAAAAUCUACAAUGCCCGUGGUCUUCGCGGGCGUACGAUUCUUUACCGGCUUCUGUCCCGACGUUUUCGCUAUAUCCGGAUGCGGGUUCGAGAAGCGCUGGCCGAAAUUUUCGGGGCGCGUGAUCCUGUUUCAGGUGUGCCAAACGACCUGCUGGAGCGCUACCGUUUGCUGAACGUGCUCGGGGAGGGACCGCACGGACAGGUGUUCAGCGCCUGCUGGAACCAAGAAGGUGACCCGGAGGAGUUGACGAAGCAAGAGCUGAAGAAGGGCCGCCUUGUUGCGAUUCGGAUCCGUGACAAAUCCACGGGACACAUUGUCAGGAUGGACCUCAACUUCUCAGCGUCGCUUCUCCGCAACCGCGCCCUUCCUUGGCCCCCUGCACUUCGCAUGCUGCGGAGGCUGCUCGCAAGGCUGCGCUUGGUCAAGCGGCCUAUUCUCCACGAGACCAUCGUGAAGCUUCAACAUGUGCAGGACACACGUGAGUUCUUCAUCGAGGUAUUGGAGUACCUGCCAGGUGGCACCUUGUACCAGUACUUGGAGAAGAAGGAGUUGCUGGACGAAUACACUGCCUGCCGUGUUUCCCUCCGUAUCCUGAAGGCUCUUGAUCAUUUGCACGCCCGGCGAUUGCUGCAUCGAGACCUUCGCCUUCAGCAGUUCGUCCUGGCGGACGCUGACGACCCGGAAAGUUGCAAGCUCGCAGAUCUUUGGUGUUUGGCCGCGCUCCCGCGCAAGAAGAACUUCAUGGUCGAAGAGGGCAGGCCGUGCGACUUGCUGACUGCUGCCCCCGAAGUGGUGAAGCAGGGGGAGUUCAGUGCAAAGUCGGACGUUUGGGCCGCCGGUUGUGUGAUUUUCGAACUGCUUCAUGGGCACCCUCCGUUCGGAGGCACUGGGAAGGCCCUGGUACAGCGUAUUUGCCUCGGAGAGCCCGAGUUCAGCGAGCUCGGAACUUCCACCGGAGGCCUGUCAGAGAAUGCCUUGGACCUCCUCCGCUGGAUGCUUCAACGCGAGCCCGGGCAUCGGCCAUCGGCAUCCGAGUGCUUGAAGCAUCCGUGGUUUGAAGGCUACAAUGUGGAGCGCCCCAGCAAGCAAGUGUGGCAGGUUGAGAAGCUGAUCCGCCACGUCAAGCUGUGGGGAAAGCCGCCCCACUCUCGGCAAAACCUCCCGGCCUCGAAUCUCCUAGCCUCAAAGCGCGGCGCUGUGACUCCUGGCUUCUGUACUUACAUGGGCGCCACCUCGGUCGACAUCGACUUCGAAGUCAUCGGCAAGACGGAGGAGCAGCAGUACUGGGUGACGAAGUGCCUUCUGUCGCUUUGGGGCCGGGAGGAGAACCCACGGCAGGUGCAGCUCAAGGUCUGUGUGAAGCCGGGAGCUCCCUGGGUCGAGCUGGGAUCCUGCACACUGGACGAUCCUACGGCGCUGGAGGCAUCGAUCAAGAUCGACAAGCCCAUCCGGUAUGUGCGCAUAUCUUUGCGCGGCAAUCUGGGCGGCCACUUCGGCAUCGCCGUGCGGAAGGUCUCUUUCUAUGGCUACCAGGUGCGACAGGUUCCGAUUGCCUUGCAGCUGGACAACCUGCGCUUCCUCCGUGGCAGUCGCCUCCACACCCAUGCUCAAGACAUCCACCCCAAAGAGGUCACAUCGCGCGUGCACAAGUCGCUGCAGAGCAGCCUCCGUGUCGGCCGACGCAUUGAGGGCACCGGUGCCAAGUACCGCGUAUACGAAGACAUUUGCUCUGGCUCGCCUCACAUCACCUCGGCCGCAGAAACUCCCAGGCUCAAAUUCCCUCGUGGUGUGGUGCUCGUCGGAGCGGUCCUCGGUUUGCGCUACGUGUCCGACGUGCCGUCGAAGGAGUCCGCACCACCCAGGCUGCGCAUUCAGAUCGUCAAGGAAGCUCACACCUCGGCCGACCAAGAGAGGCGCCUGAAGAAGACACUGCUCUUCGCGACAGAGGACCUGACCCCGCCGAGCUGGAAAGCUACAGAGGUCUUGGGCAACGGAUACGUGGACUACCCUGUCAUGUUUGCUACCGGCAUACGAGCCUUUGGAGACGACAAGCUGCACCUGGAAGUGCUGUUUCAGAACUUCUCGGGCACUGCGCAUAUCCCUGCGGACAUGGGCCUUUCCUUCUUCUACGUGCCGGAGCUGCAGUCUCCCAGCACCUCCGAGGAUGAAGGGGUGGCGAAAGAAACUGCAGCCGCGCAGCAGCGGAAGACGCGAACAGAGGCUAAGGAGGAGGGGGAAAGACAAGAAGCAGAAAGGGAAGCAUCUGUCGGGCAGUCCGCGGCAGAGGUCACGCAAAGCCAAGCCUUACAGCUCGACGAGGACGAGGAAGUCUUGGCACAGGAGAGUGAUGCUGGCGAGGGCUGGGAAGAGGAGCUGCAGAAUCACCUGGACAAGCAGGUUGAUGAGACUCUUUUCGGCAACAGCGGCUUGCCGUUUUUCAGCCAAGAGGAAGGUGGUGCCUAUCGGCCCAGUGCUGCGAAGGGCCAGGGCCAGGAGUGGUGGAAGACGGAGGACGAUUCGAAGUCGACUCAGGCCAAGGAAGCACCUGCAGAUGUAGCCGGCGCAGCGCGCGCACGUCCCGCGGCAGCCACUGCUACCGCUGGCUCUCGGAGACACCAGGUCUCGCAGAUGCAGCCAGUGCCCGUCGAAGACAACCAGCUGGAGCCGACCAAUGCACGGAACCGCGGCAACGAGGCUACGACUUUCGCCGUGAACAAAGCCAUGAACGUGGCGGCGGAUCUCAGGCGGCAAGCAGCUGAGGAGGCGGAGCAGCGACAGGCACGCCGGCGGAUGCGAGGAGAGGGCAGUGCUGGGGAGGGCGGCGACCUGGGAUUCUUCGAUGCGCUCUUCCAGGAUCCGACCUGGAGCUCUUGUACGCCGGCCAAGGCUUGCAAUGAGAUCGUGAAGGCUCUCGAGGAGGAAGACGAGGAGGAGGAGGAUGCCCAGCCAGAGCAGCCAGAUAACAAUGAGGAGCAGGCUGACGCCAAGUCCGACUCGGAGUCAAGCCGAGGCUCGAAUUCGGACACAGGAUCCGUGUCCGACUGA